AUGGUGGCUCUGGUUAGGACUUUUGUGAGGAAAUGUCGGACUUGCAAGGAGACGAAACCUACGAAUAGCGGCCCGCGGCCAGGUCUAGGAGCCGAAACGACCUACAGGCCAUUUCAAAAGCUCUACAUAGACUUCUUGGGGAAAUAUCCGAGAUCUCGAAAAGAGCACGCGUAUAUCUUUAUUGUGAUAGAUCAUUUUUCAAAGUUCGUGUUCCUAAAAGCCAUGAAGGAAGCAACGACGGCAGAGGUGGUUAGGUUCCUGGUGGGAGAGGUGUUUCACACCUUUGGAGUGCCGGAGACCAUUCAUUCGGACAAUGGGAAACAGUUCGUGGCAAAGCGAUUCCGGGAAAUGAUUUAG